AUGGCGCGUUACUUGACACCUUCUAAAGUCGCUUUUCUGGCGCUGGUCUCUAUCUACUCCGAGGGGGUUGUUGCAAACUCGGCGACUGUCGAGCUUCUAUCGUUUUUUGUUUUACAUUUGCUCCCUUUAGAUACCCUGGACUCGAAAGAUUGCGUGUUUCAUAGUGAUAAGGUUCAUACAAUCUCUAUUGAGGAGUUCGAAAAGGCGACUUCCUGUCUGGCAUCUUCUAUUCCUGGUCGGACGUUAUGGGAUAUCUUCCUCAAAAAGUUAUGGCAGUUGGACUGCGUAGACUCCCUCGAGGAGUUUUUUACAGCAGUAUCAGAUUUGGUAACCAAGCCGCGGGAAGAACAAAUACGUGACCCAGAAACCGGCAAAAUGCGAUUUUCUCGAAUGUCGCCCCUGGGUGCCUUUGUACGAAGAGCACAGCUUGAAUACGCAAGACUUCAAUUCCAUGAUUCCGUGUCCCUGUGGCGUGCUCUCAUAAAGUAUAGGAUGCCCACGUAUCAGACCUGGGCCAAAAGAAAUCCAAUCCAUAGCAAGAACAAGGUGGAUGCAAACCUCUUAGAACUGGGCUUGGACCUCAAUAGCCCUCUGGCAAAUAUUGUCUAUGGUGGUCUGGUAGAUAGCAACAGUGAUGCCAAAAUUACUCUAAGCACGAAGGACAUGGAAAGGCUAUUAGAAUUUCAGGUACAGGAAAUGCAAAGCAAAGGCACAAGGGUCACAGAAGAAAUGCGCAAAACAUUAAAAUGGAUGCUUAUUUCUGGAGCGGCUGUCCCGAAUCUUUCCCACUAUGUACGAUUUCUAGACUCAUGGAAGGCGGGAGAUUUCCCAUCGUCAUUUGACAGCCUUCAUCAAUACUUCGACUAUACCGUGCAUAAUCAAGAUCGCACCUGUUAUCAAUAUGCCCUGCUGAAUUUAGCCACUCUCCAAGCAGACUUCGGUUGCCUUGGGGAGGCUGUUUCGGCCAUGCAAGAAGCAAUAUCUAUUGCCAGAGAAACCCAAGAUAUGCACUGUUUGAACUACUGCGUGAGCUGGCUGUACCAUUGUCGGAAGGGCUAUUCUUGUGCAUCUGAAGACGUUCAGAGCACGGGAAUGCUUGGCAGUGACAGAGAGGCAUUGUCUUUUCUCCAGGCUAAAGCUCGAGAAAAUAAUACAUGGAGCUUGCUUAGCACUUCCUUAUUAGAAGAAGCCAAGUUAGAAUUAGCCUACGGAGAAAGUAUUGCCUCAGUGUUCGAACAUAUAGCGAAGGCUGCUCACCUUAAUGCCGGCCAAAGUAUGAAUUCUGCCAUGGGCCAGCUACUGGUCCUGCAGGUGGCUUUCUUCAUGCGACUCGGGGUAUCCCACCUCGCCUCUGCAACCUACGAGAUUCUACAGGAGUGUUAUCGAGAAGGUGCUCUAUUCGAUGAUUAUCUCAAAGUCAACUUCCAAAAUUCUUUGCUUCUCUUUUUGAGUGGCAGCCAUGCCCAGGCCAUAUCGCAACUAGAAGGAAUCCCGUCUAGCAGUGGGCAGAGCCUUAAAAGUCAACAAACUUGGGUAUUUCUCUGUGGCCUUUUGAAGCUACGGCAGCAAUUAAACCGAAAUGAUAUAAUGGCAGCGGAACAUCUCGUUGCUCAACUCCACGGGUGCGCGCCGAACGAAUUUGAACAUCUCGCCUCUUUACAUCUACUGGAGAUAGAGUAUAUGAUGUGCAAAUCAGAUUACAGCUCAGCACUUCGCCUAGUUGAACAGGUUGCGAAAUCAACCCAACAGGGGUCUUUUGAUGUUGCACUUCAAAUUCAGCUGCUGAAUUUGAAAACCCGUAUAUUCCAAAAUACAGAUCAGCCUGAGCGGGCAUUUUCGCUUGCGAUGCGAGCUGCCAGCAUAGCCUAUCGAUCGCGGGUACUACCCAGCUUGUGGGAGGCUCUUGGUCACCUUUCUACUGUUUUGAUGACCUUCCAAGAAUUUAAUGCGGCGGCCAAUAUUUUAGAAAGCGUUAUUCCUCAAAUAUUAGAAAGCAACGAUUGUAUACUGGCCGCCCGCACCUACUCUCUGCUCGCAGAUGCAAACAUGGGACUGGCCGGCGGCCAUAAGCAGGACAACAUGCGACAGCAGGAGUACCUAUCAAGAGCAUUGGAGUUUACCGAUUGCGCUUUUGAAGAGUACUCAAAUGCCGAGAACGUGCAAGGCCAAUGCGAAACAACAUCGAAAAAGGCCACACUGAUGUACCUCUCCGGUGACUUUGCGUUGGCCAAUGACUAUGCAGCUCGCUACCUAGAUCUGAAGCGGGAAGCCAGGAUGCAGUCUUAG